CUGACCCCUCCCCAGAGAGGGGCGGGACCCCAGGAGGAGCAAGGGAGCAGGGACGCUGGAGAGGACCAGACACUGAAGAGGCAAUAUGGCAGGAACCAGCCUCGGAGCCCGCUUCUACCGGCAGAUCAAGAGACAUCCCGGGCUCAUCCCGAUGAUCGGCUUCAUUGGCCUGGGCAUGGGCAGCGCUACGCUCUACUUGCUGCGACUCGCGCUGCGCAGCCCCGACGUCUGCUGGGACCGAAAGAACAACCCGGAGCCCUGGAACCGCCUGAGCCCCAAUGACCAGUACAAGUUCCUUGCAGUUUCCACUGACUAUAAGAAACUGAAGAAAGACCGGCCAGACUUCUAAGCCUGGCUGCAGAGCACGUCGAUGUAAACCACCACCAGCCAGCCUACUCAUUUCUUCCGCUCUCCACCGUCCACCCCAGGGCACCACUCUAGCCACCCUGUCCAGCUCCUGCUUACACAGGCCAGUUCCCACGAGGAGGGGAGGCAGCUCCACCCCUACCCUCUUCCCUUGCUCCCAGCAGCGGAAGCACCUCUGACCCUCAGCUUCAGUCCCACGAGGGGGGAGGGAAGGGGGAGUUAGGAGGGCAGGCAGUAGCCUGGGCAACCCAAAAGGCCCAUGCCAGCCCCCCUGCCUCGCGGGCCUCACACGGUGUGGUGCACACUACGUGUGGAGCGUGGCCUACGUGAGAGCCAAGACCAAGCAGAGGCCUGAGUGCCAAGUGACGUGGCGGGCCCCACGUUCGCCCAGGCUCUGGGCACCAGCCCAGGGGCGGUGCUACUUUGGCUCGACUGGGCUCCACCAGGCUCGUCACUGACAGCCCAGCCAGCCUGUGAUGAGGCACCUACGCCCAAGGAGGUGAAGCUCGUUCCUCCCAGUGCCCAAGCCCCCUGCUUCCUGUGCCAAUGGGCACCCCCUCCCGCUUCACACCUGGGCCUCCCCCUGCCUUCCCCACCCCUCCCUGCUCCCCUCCGUCCCCUGGGAUCAAACAGAAGCAGCCGUGGGCAAAAUACAAUUUCAUUUAACAAAUUGAA